CUCCUCCAGGUGUCAAAGGUCUGGGCAACAAAGUUUGGACUUUUGUUAGAACGAAAAAACACAGCGACAGACUCACAACUCCCCGGGGAAUCUCUCCCCACAGUCUUCAGCAUGCUGCAUCCUCUCGACGAGAUUGCACCAAUAGUGUGUAAACCUACAGGUCUGAUUGAAAACUCCCGUGUGCAGUAUGCAUCGGAUGCCACCAUGAAGAUAGUGUUCAGCUGCUGCCAGCCCUCUAUAGUUGUCUCCUAUGACACUGUACAGGGAAUACACUCUGUCUGGGCCCUGCGCAAAGUCACACAGGAUGAGCGAUUUUCAGUCCUGCGGUGUACAGCAGAUCCGGUUAGCACUCCUUUGGGUCUGAAGGCAUCGGCCUUACUGACCUCUCACCUCCGUAAUAUCUCACGCCUGGACUCCCCCGGAGGCAGUGGGGUGACCGGGCUUGGCCCAGGAACAGCAGCAAGUUGUGCCAUUGCCAGCUCUCCUCUCCACUACACCGUUCUGCACGGCCACCCGAGCAGAAUGAUAACGUCUUCUUCACCAGGGAUACACCCCCGGGUUCACUCCUCCCCGAUAAUAUCCAACAUGGCUGCCCUCAGCCGGGCCCAUCCUCCAGGCAUGGCGACUCCAUCCUUUACUGGUGCGGCUCGUUUCAACACUUCCUUCUACACCUAUUCCCCCAGGGGGCACCCCGGCCUGCUGCCCUCUGCCAACAGCACGGUCAACGAGACGCUGCUGGUGCCGGAGAUGGAGCCCAUCUUGCCCGACCUGUGCAUCGAGCAGCUGUGGAGCGAGACCGUCACAGCUGGUUGCUACAGGUAAUGACC